CAAUUACAAUUAAAGUCGUAGCUGAUCUAAAUUGACUAGAAGCCGAAUUUUACCGAUUACGUGUGACCAUUUGUCAAAAUAUCACUUUUUUUUUUGCUUUUUUCUUUGUUAAUUUUUUUUUUAUCUUUAUCCCUAGUAAAAAUUUUCUUAAAUUGAAACCAACCGGGUGAUUCCCUUCUAGUGUGGGACAAGACACAACAACAAAUAUGACGUCACAUCAGGAAACAAAAUCUGAGUUCACUUCCACAUUUAGCGUUAUAUGCUCGUUCUCUAGCUAUAGUUACUGGAGUAAUGGGCUUAAAGCGACAUCUCUCCGUGAGCCAAUCAGAUUCGUGCCCCGUAUUCCCCUUGGCCCACAUCCACAGUGAUCACGCAUGGCGUGAGAAUGUGUUCGUGGAAUGUGCAUGUAUAAGUCGUCUCUGAGAGUUGUUUUGAAAUGACAUGACGCUGGUUUCCGACCACAAUCCACAGAUUACCUCAGUCUAGCGUCAAGUUUCUUCCCGAUCAGUAUUUCUGCCGCUAAGUAACCGUGUGACUGAUUUGGAAAUGAGGCUGGGGAAUGGAGGUUUUCCAGGCCAAACUUCGGCUUAACUACGACGUCCUAACGGACGCAGAGACGGGAAUAGACGUGAAUCACGUCACGGACUAUUUGCGAAGGGACAAUGCAGUUUGCGCUGAAGAAUAUGAGGAGAUACACGCCGGAAGUAACUGCAGGGUGAGGGCCGAACGUCUGAUAGAAGUUCUCUUGCAGAAGGAUGAAAGGGCCUAUGAGUUCUUCCUUGAAGCUUUGCGGGCAAACUAUCCCCAUUUCGCACAGUUACUCGACGAGACGUCGGUAGAUCAAAGCGACAACACCAGUUUACACGCUGUUCAAGACAGAAGACAAGGUAUCGACAAUGUCUGCAACAGUUCCAAAACGAUUAUUUUACCGGCUGUCUCAACAGUUUUUGUGGGUAGAGAUGCCGAUAGAGGUGCGUGUUUAAGAUGGCUUCAAACCUUCAACAGCUGCGAACGAAUUUACACUAUAACUGGUCCUCCCGGUGUAGGCAAAACCGCUCUAGUCAUCCACUGUUGUCAUGAAUAUGUCAGGCAGCUUCACACGCAUUCAAAUCCCCACAUUCUCUUUUUUGACCUUCGCAGCAUAAAGAAAAUCGAAGAUUUGGCCUUUGACAUACUGCUAGCCAUGCGACAGUCUCUUGGAAGGCACCCUUUAAACAUGGUUUGCAACUUGAUCCGCAACUUGAGCAGUUACUUAGUUCUAGUUCUGGACAAUGCCGAGGACGCCAUGGUGGAGCAAUUGAAGGACGAGUUUCUGAGUUUUCUGAACAAAAUUCUCCAGGCGAAUUCAAAAACACGAGUCAUUAUAACAAGCCGUGUUUCUGUUAAGAUAUUAGCUGUUGGCACGUGUGAAGCAAGGCUGAAUCCCCUUGACGAAUCUGAUGGUGUGUCCCUCGCUUCGCGUCUGGUGCCAAAUCUCGACCCAAACCUCCUCAAAAGGCUCUGCGAGUUGACCGGAUAUCUCCCUCUCGGCCUUCGUCUGUUGGCUAUACUUUUGCAAAGAGAAAGCAGUCCGGAGGAGAUCGUGACAGCGUUGGAGGGGACACCUGGUUCCACGUUGAUCGCGAUGCAGAAUAUCGAAGGUAUUCCCAGUUCGUCACAAAUUGUCUCCUGCUUCAAAUCAUGUUUCAACCAUUUAGACGACACUCUGCAGAAUUGUCUCAUUGCUUGUUCAAUAUUCCCCACAAGCUUUGACAGAAACGCCGCUCAGGUCAUGUUUCAGCCCUCAGUGGAUUCGGAACGGAAGAUGGCUUGCACGGAUCUCGUACAUACUCAGAGAAUCCUGCGCAGUCUAGAAGACAGAUCAUUGCUUAUGUUUGACAAACAUUCUCGGCGAUACAGCAUCCAUCCGUUGCUGAGGACAUUCUGUGAACAAAUGCGGCAGAUGCAAAGUCAGGGCUGGAGCACACAAGACGUCCAGCGUCGCUACUGCGAGUACUUCGUCAGGUUUGCAUUAAAUGCAAGCGAGAUGUUCUUUGUGAAAGACUCCUGUUCGAUGGCUGUGCAUAAGUUCUGGUCGGAGAGACAGAAUAUUGAACUCGCGUUUCAGAUUUGUCUAGCGAAUCCCCAUCUCACACAUCUACUCCUUGGUUUCGCUUCCCGCAAGGGUAUAGAGUUUCUCCGAAUAACGAUUCCAGACAAGAAAAUUCGCCAAAUCUACGAUUCUUUGCUAGAGGCCUUAGCUCCUGAGGAAGCAGGAGAACGAAGCAUGGUAUUGACAGCGCUAAGUUUCUACGCACGAGUUGCAGAACACGAUGCCGUUUCAUCUCUUCGCUACAUCGAAGAGGCCAGCAGCAUUCAAGACAACAUGGCCGUCUCAGACGUGGAGCAGCGAACGUUCUAUAUGCAUACCAAAGCAAAAUGUUACGCGCACAAUGGUCGCUUUGAAGAAGCCGAGGAGAUAGCCAAGGAAAGCUUAAAGCUCGGUAACAGUCACCCUGAUGAGAAUGUCCGCUGGUUUCUGAAGGGUUUCUCGGUGGAAGCCCUCGCUGGAAUUCACCGGAAUCAGUUCUUACAAACUCGAGACCCACAAAAAGCUGUAGACUCGAACAACGAGUACAACACCGUGCUGAAAUAUCUAGAAAAGUUUAUGGGCAAUCACAUAUUCCAGCGCUAUAUCCACAUGAGCCACGGUCAACUGCGCAGUGAGGUGGGCGAUCUGGACGGGGCUCUUCACUCUCUGCAGAAAGCUCUUGAAGUGCAGAACAUUGUGAUGGGAGGUUGCGGUGAUCAGGCCACUGUCCAUUUUCUUAUUGCUGAGAUUAAAGAGAAAAUGGACGACUAUACUGGAGCUGCCCAAUCCUUAACAACCGCAUUUGAUCUCAGCUCUAAGGUAUUUGGAGCAUCGCCACAAACGAUGAAGUGUGGCCGAAGGCUUAUCCAGGUUUUACGUAAACUUGAUAAAUCGGACAAAGCUGAUUGGUACGAAAAUAAAAUAGCAGCCUUGACAAGUGAAAUGCCAGAGGACUGAUAUAGUGAUAGUGAUGGGAUUGAAUAAAUACACUCAGUAUGAAUAUUCAUUUUGCAUGUUAUACAGCGGUGUUUUUGUAUUCCGUUUUUUGUUUUAUUCUUUUUCAUAUUUUUUAUGAAAACUUUUCAGCAUGACCUGGUAAUUCAUAAUUAAGUCAUAUAUCAGGACUUUUUAGUACUUUUAAACGGUCUCGAUUGUGAGAAUGUCUGUAUGCAACCUGAGGAUGGUCGGGGAUUUCCCUGGGCCCUGCCUGGUUUCCUCUCACGAUAAUGCUGGCUGGGGUCGUGCAGGCCUAAGUGAAAUAUUUCUGAGUA